AUGAACGAGGGAAAGUGGGUGUUCCGACGCUGCUUGCGAGAAAAGGUAACAAGUGUAAGAGUCACGAAACGUGAUACGGCAGCAGUGCUAAGAAAAAUGCAUGGCAAUUUGCGGGAGAAUUGUUUCCCACGACCUAGUGGUGGAUGUAUGUGUACUGUGAAACAAGAAAAUGGUGUUGAAACUGUUGAAAAUUACGAUUCCAAUGAACAGUGCAAAUUAAACAUUACAGCACGGCUUGUACAUAUUGUUGCAUUUGCUUUGGUUGAGAUACUGAUAGAGCGCAGUGUAAUUCUAUCUUGUUUGCGAUUUAUUUUGAUAUACUUUCCAAGUCUUCAGAGAGCAGUGCCAGUUGAUGUAUUAUGUGGAAUGAUGGAGUUACAAACAAUGCAUAAUAAAAAGCAGGUGAAUGAGGACCUCAAAGAUCGGUACGGUAAUUACAAGGAGGACUGCUUCCCAACACCAUCUGGGGGCUGUAAGUGCAUUGAGAGAAAUGCGGAUGGUGAUAAAAUGGUGAGGAAAUAUGAUGACGAAACAGAGUGCAAAAUUCCACAGAAGAUUAAAAGAAUAGCUAGCGAACGACCAUCACAAAAUGUUCGUGAUCCAGUUCGGGAACGAGCUCAAGCGAAUUAUCGUGCAGUCAUUAAUGAAUUAAAUGAAAAAUUCAAAGGACUUAAAGAAGGAUGCUUUCCGAGACCUAAGGGAUGUUUAUGUGUAAUCGGAAAAGAUCAAGAUGGGCGAGAUAUCACAGAACGGCGAAUGAAGGAUCGCGAUUGUAAGUGCCAACCUGGUGAGCGGGGUCAUGGAUGUCCAACAGGCGGCGCUUAA